GCCUCCACGCCUUCACCCACCGCUUUGCAGCACGUGAACUCGCCUAAGCCAAGCAUUCCUGCGUGAUGAAGCAUGGCAGCGUCUAUUUGGGCGGCCUCUCACGGGGCGACACCCCGCCGAAGGAGGAAUGCUGAAAAAUGCUGAACAUCGGGGCAUAUUGGAUGGUGGAUAUCGUGGAUGUCGCGAAAUUCCACUGAAAGAAACAACAUCAGUGGGCUGCCCCUACGCCCGGGAUGAGAAUGCCAGAUGUCCUGCCCGACAUGAAGGGAUGGCUUUGGAUGUCAUCAGCAAGCUUGAUGUGCCACCAGGGCCACUUCAAUUCCACAAGGACUACGACCGCUCGCUGCUGACGGAGGACUUAGACCGAGCGCAGCCCUUAUUGUCACAUCCCACCAGCUUCACGGGAGCACCGAUCCCCUGGAAAGACGUGCAGAAACCUCCGCUGGAAGAGGUGCCCAAGAGCCGUUCCAACCCGCUGUAUCCUCCAGUGAAGCGUCGACCACGAGACUUGUCGUUGAAGACCUCGGACAUCGACUACGCUCAACCCAAGAAGCCCAUCGUCAGUGAACGUCGCCGGUCCAACUGCAUCGUGGACCUCUUGACGAACAGCUACCAGUUCACCUCUUCAGAGGUUCCUGUGCAGCCGGACUUCCGCACCACAGGGCGCUGUGCAAUGGACUGCUCGGACAUUGAGGGGACGUGGCCUCAUCCACUGCCGGCGAAGAGCGUCCCGCAAGAUCCCAUGAAGAUUGAGGACGAGUUCCGGAACCCUCGUCACCACUCAGUUCUGGCCGCCGCCUCUGCCAGCCUGCUGAACACUGGCAGCCUCUCCGCGCGCGGCCCGCGCGCCUCUGAGCGCGCAGGGCUGGAGCGCUGGGAGGUGAAUCCAUUGAAGGUUGGACAGCGGCAAGGGCAUCCAUUGAGCCCAAGGUACCAUUUGCCGGUGGCUGAAGCAGGGACCUCCAUGCACGUCCGCUUUCAAUGCGAGAGGCAUGAUCUGGGAGACCACCCGCCCCCCACGCAGUGCGAAGAAGUGGGCUUCAUAGAUGGCAGCAAACCUAAAACAGAGAUCCGAGACAAUGGAGAGCCGCAGUUCAACCUUUGCACGGAGGAUGUCCCUGGCGCCCAGCCUCGACGGCGCGUCGGAGUACUGCCAGUGCACUUGUAUGGCCCACCAGGCAAUCGUCCGCAGAGCAACUCCCUGCAGAACGCCGACAUCGAAGGUGCUCAGGCAGACACCCGGAUGACAGUGCUUCGGCGGAGGGAUCGAGGCGCUGGUGGAGCGGGCGGCAGACCUGCGCCAUCCCACGAAGGCGUGUGACGGGAAUUGAGAGUCGGAUUUAAGCUUCAUGAAGCUCCUUAGGGUGUGGCAAAACAAUCCAACA